AUGUCAAAUCCUUGUUUUCGUCUUAUUUCGACCAGCGAAGACUGCGUGACGCCUCUCCCUCCUCUGCUUCCAUCAUCACCUUCAAUUAUUGAUAAUCCUAGGCUUGCUGAUAUGUUUGGUUUAGGUUUAAUGCUAGCAUGGUUUGGCCUCUUUGCGGCAUUUUGUUUCCUCAAAUUUUGUAAUAGGCCCAAUGAUAACGUUGUCGAUCUCGAAGCACAAACGAAUCCCCCGCAGACCUCAAUGGUCUUCACGUAUCGAAUCGAAAGCAGCAACAACAACAGCAGCAAUCUUAACACAGAUGAUGAGGAUCUUCAUCAGUGUUCAAUUUGCUUGGAGGAGUUUAAGGAUGGGGAACAGUGUCGGUUGCUUGCUAAGUGCAAGCAUUCCUUUCACAAACAGUGCGUUGAUAAGUGGCUAACCAACCAGGAAAGCAAACCACCAUGUCCACUUUGUCGUGCUUGUGUUCAAAGCAUACAAACCGAACAAGAGAAUCAAGUCGACAGUACUGCCUAG